AUGUCCACUCAAGCAUUGACCUACGCUGCGCCCUCGGAAGAGGCCCUCAACUCUGCUUUCCACCAAAGAUACACUGGGAUAUGUGGCGUCAACAUCGAGCACCUCCUCGACGCCGCCCGUGCUGUCCCACUGACCUCCGCGUUCUCGCUCAUGGAGCCGACUCGAGACCCCCUUCGGCUCAAGUCUCAGAUCGCGACAAUAGCAUUCAUGAAUGUAUACAGGCCGGACGUCCCCAUUCCGCGACUCUUCUCUGCGCAGCUCAGCAGCGCCAACCCGGCUGGCGUACCUUACACGCUCAUCAAAUUCUGCGAAGGCACGCCGAUUGCCCAUCAUGAAUGGCGCAACAUGUCGAAUGCGAACAAAAGCGUUGUAGUGGAUCUCUUGGCUGAACAAUGGGCCAAAAUAACUGCGCCGGCCCCUUUUAGUGCGAUAGGAAGCAUCGUGACCGAUAUCAGUGCGAACACUUCGCAUCCGCUGUGGCACAGACACGACGUAUCGCAAUGCUCGAGCCGUCGAUCGAGGUUCAACGUUCAGCGCGGGCCCACUACCCUAGCCGAGCACUGGCACUACCACCUUGACGCCACACGUCGCGAUAUGAUGGAGAUGUUUCCACAGCUGGACGACGAUGCCAGGCGUACGCUUAUACGGUGCGCUGAUAUUCUGCGGGACCUCGUCAAUCUCGCCGUCUCUCUUGACCCAUUGACCAACCCCGCCGCGCGCUCCGCUGCGCCUAACCUUGCGUUGAUACACGCCGACUUCGCUUGCUGGCGUAAUGUGCUUUUUUCGGCGGAUCGCAUGCGCCUCGAAGGCAUAAUCGACUGGGAUGACUCCGUAGUCGUUCCCCGAGAUCUCGCGGCUCGGUAUCCCGAGGAGCUAACCCACGUCAGAAGCUGGCGUCCUGACCCAGACGACGUGUUCGCUAUACCACCUGAGGUCUUGUCUGAGGAUAUGUCUUCGUGGCGGAUAGCAAUUGAGGAUAUGCAGCUGCGGAAGAGAUUCAGGGACACCGUGCAACGAUUUGAUCCACAGUUGGCGGCGCUCUACACGGACCGCAGGGCGAAGUUCAGGCGGCGGGUGGACCAUUUGGCGAUGCGAGGAUGGCAAAGCUGGUAUUCCUAUAGUGAUUGGAUAUGA